AUGGAAUCUGUCCUCUCACUCUUCGAGAAAUACACAGAUAAGCUGGUGGCCACUGUUGGGCUGGACUUCACUCCAUGGCUUAUGUCCAUGCCUCAGCAAUGCGAGGAGCAGCAGAGAGUCCUUGCGCUGCAGCUGGCCACAGCAAAACAACUGGACUUGCCAGUAAACCUGCAUCCUUGCUCAGCUGGCAGACAAGCGAUUGCUUUCCUGAAGGAGGAAGGUGUUCAGGACGUACUGCUCCACAACUUUGCUGGGAGACAGUCUGUCACUCUGGAAGGGGUACAAGCUGGCUAUUAUUUUUCUUUUCCUCUGGCCGUUACAAGGCAUGAUUAGGUUAAGAAGUUAAUUAAACAGAUUCCACUGGAGAACAUUUGCUUGGAGACUGAUUCCCCUUCCCUUGCUCCAAACAAAGAGGAAAGAAAUGAACCCGAGAAGAUCAGGAUUGUCUGCCAGCGCACUGCUGUCGUGAAAGGCAUAUCAGUGGAAGGAGUGUGUGAAGUAACAAAAAAUGCCUCAAAGCUUUUCCCCAAAGUUAACCAACCUUUGAGUGAAUGA